GUCUGGGUAAUUUGGGUUAACAUGUUGUGACAACCGUGAAGUUUGUGGUUUAUGACAAAUUUGAUGUAUUUGUGUUCGUUAUUUGUGUACUUUUGCACAGCAUCUCGUUUCAUUUCUUUGAAGAAAAGAAAAUGGAAGAGAAUUUUGACGUUACAAGUUUUUCGGAAGUAACAUACAACGAAGGCUUGGCGACAUCUCAGAUAAAGGAAGAACCCAACAUUCAGUCUGGUGCUUUUGGUAUAAAGCACAGCUAUAGAGGAGAAGAGGAAGUAAUUUCAUAAUUCUCCCCAACUGUGUGCGAACACCUGGUUGGCUCUGAAGAUUUUUUUCCUGUCUUACACUUUAAACACAAAGAAAUAAGGGCAAAAUCUCCAGUGAAGUAUAGCAGCAAGGCACAUAUGGAGGAAGAAGAAGUUGUCCUGGGACUGAUUCCUGCAGCAGAUUGGGUGGAGAAUCGGCCUCUCGAGGAAGGAGGUGAAAUUGAACUUGCAGCAGUUAAGAAGUUACAACAUUGCUUGGAAGCUGAUCAGCUUAUGGAAAUAAAACCGAAGAAAGAAAAAGAGGAUAUUGAAGAAAUUACCCUUGAUUCAGAAGAGGAAGAGAUUGAAGAGGCAAAAAUGAAGCCAGGAGAAGUGUUUAACGUGGAAGCUGAUACUCCAUUUCAACAAAGAAAUGAGGUUGAAGAGAUAGAAACAACAGAAGAGAAGCAUCAUAUUGAGGCACCUAUUUCAUUUUCUGCAGGAGAGGAGGAUGGAGAGAUGAAAGUGAAGCAAGAAGAGGAGCUCCAAAUUGAAGCAUCGACUGAUUUUCCUGAAGCACAGGAGGAUGAGGAAGUAAACAUGCGUGAGGAGGAAGGGCCUCAUAUUGAAGCAGUUACUGUGUUCUCUGAUAGUGAUGAGGGCGAAAAUAUACACGUGAAGGAAGAAGAAGAGCUCCAGAUAGAGGCAGUUACUGUAUAUUCAGAUACCGAAGGGAGUGAAGAGGACUGUGCAUCGGGCAAGAAGGUUCAAAGGUAUAAUGCACAGGACGAUGGUGGCAAUCCACUCACUGUUUCUGUAGCUCCUCCCCAGCCGACUGUUAUCGAGAGUGUGGUGCAGGAUGUGUAUGGCUGCAGCAGUUGCUCCAUGUCCUUCUCCUGCACUGCAGAAGUGAGCAAACACGUGAGGUCUCACCCGCCGAGGAGAAAGCCGUUCAUCUGCAGGGUGUGCUUGAAGACGGACACCUUGGCUUCCAAUCUCAAGAGGCAUAUGCGCACCCACUCUGGAGAAAAGCCAUACAGCUGUGUUCUGUGCUUCAAGAUGUUUACCUCCGCUUAUUCUCUGAAGAUACACAGGAGGAUUCAUACGGGGUACAAACCGUAUACAUGUAAAGUAUGCCCCAGGUCUUUCUAUCAGAAGACAGACUUGAACAAACACUGCAUUGCUCAUUACAGGUCACAGCAGAUACUGCAAAGCGCAAAGGAUCUUCUAGAAAUCACAGAGUCAAAUUUGUCGAAGCGAAAUGUGAAAGUACGCAAUCCAUCUACGGCAAAGGUAUUUUCUCGAGGCGCAGCAUCGCGAGUGCCACACAUUCUGUGUCGUACGAGCCCUUACGUAUUGUCUCCCCCAUCAUCGAUGGCACGUGCGAAUGGAAACUCGAUAACUGAUGAUUCGCAGACUGAAUCUCCAACAAAUGCACUUCACGAUUCGCCUCCACCUUUUGCACCUGUCAUCACUGAAGUUGUCGGGUCGUUCCACGAAGAAGACAGUGAAGUACAACCUUGCCCGUCACCGUCGAAUAAUGGAGAACGACAGAAGCAAGAAGCAUUUAAUGCGGGAAACUUGUCUAGCAACCAGAUUAGAAUGGAGAAAGCUGUAUACACACAACCAGUGAUGAAUUCAGUGAACCCACAGUGCACUAAUAACACUGUUGCAUUGCAAGAUACUGCCAUACCUGCGUCCAGUUCUGCAGGUAAACAGCUGACAGUGAAGAAAAAUAUUUACAAGCAGCCAGGGAUGUUCUCAGUGAGUUCUCAGAAUGAUGCAAACUUGGGCACAACUCUUCUCUCUCCUGUCCAAUUGCCUACUAAUGUGGUGCAAAAUAAUGUAAACUCAGCAGCAACUGCCCCCAACACAGGGUUUGCGAACAAUUUUAUGCCCGAGCAAACUGGAGGUGAAAUGUUCUGCAUUCCUCUGAUCAUAAAUGGACAAAUGUGCUACGCAAUACCGGCUCCGACACCUUCCCAGUUGUCAGUUGUAAGUAACCCCUCACCAGUCCAGACGGCAGUCCAACCCGUGAGUUCCCAUAAUAUUCCCAGUCAAGAGACAUUUCUACUUCCUGUAUUUGUACCACCGAUUUCAAAUGGUGUCCCAAAUUCUAAUUCAUCGCAGCCUAUGGUCACACCAGCAGUAACUCCACAGACUCUAGUUCUUGGGAAUGCCACACCCAGUCAAUCGCAACAUCAGAUUGGGUUUCAGUCUGCACCUGUUAGUACUGUUACUGAUGAGCGGCUGGAAAAUUCCUCUGGAUCGCAAAUAGCAACUGGGAAGACUGAAAAUUUCACAGGAUCCCAGAUGACAACUGUGAAGACUGUUUCAUGUGUUCAACCGGGAAAUUUCUCGGGAUCACAGAUGACAACUGUGGAGACUGCCCCACGUGAUCAGCUGGAAAGUUCUUUCCGAUCCCAGGCAACAUCUGUGAAGACCGUCCACUGUGUUUGGCCGGAAAAUUCCUCGGGAUCCCAAACGACAACUGUGAAGACUGUCUCACGUAUUCGGCAAAAUAAUCAGUUUAUGCUUCCGCCCCCACCUGCGACAGACGUUAAGCGGGUGGAUCAUUAUGAUCAUCAUCAUAACCAUGAUCUUACAGUUACAAAGAAGGGUUCCAAUGGCAUCGUGCAACAUGAACGUGUUUAUUGCAAUACUUGUAACGCAUCUGUAAGUGUUUUUACUAAGCGAGGUAAACACAAGAAAGUGUCUUAGUAUUCCACAAGGACGUAGAUGUGACAUUCUCAGGUGGGGUUUGCAAAUCUAGGGUCAGCAAAGAGGAGAGACCUACAGGUACAGAUGAUAAUGCCAGAAUGAGCUGUAUUAGCACUGAUAUGCAGUGUGGGAUUCUAGCCUGAUGUGAUCUAUCUGCCCUUGAGGGGGGGGAGUGAUAUGCCUUUCUGCUGGUUUUCUGCUACUGCACAGUUUUCACGGCACAGACUCACUUGUGAGAAAAAUCUGACUGACACAGGUUGUAUGAAUAUGUUAUCUUAUGCUGAGCUGAUGUGAUCAACUUGUAAGUAUUUCUUCACUAACUUAAACAGUAUCAGAUAGUUUUCAUUUAAAUUUUUUGUUAUUAUCUCUUUUGCUCUUGAUAAGGAGCGGAAAUAGGGAAGGUCAAAAGAAAUGUAGGGAGAGGACAAAAGGGGGAGGUGGACAGCAUAUCUGGAGCCAUUACGUCUGUAGUGCUCCCCACAACUAUUCAGCAGUUUUUAUCAGAAACUUCUCACAGUAAAAUUUAUGUUUCCAUAAAUAUUCAGUGAGUUUAAAGGUCUAGAGAAUUUGGGUAGUUAUUUUUUAGUAAUACGAUUGCGUUCUGGCACCCAUUAGCGCGCACAACAAAAUGCAUUGUGUAAUUCAAGAGGCUAAAUAAAAAAGCUGCUGAUAUCUUCUCUUCUAUCCUGCAGAUUCCCACUGUCUGUAACUCACUUUCAUUCAGUAUUGUGCUCCAUAUAUACAGGGGAUGGAUGAAAAUUAUUGGAAAAACCAAAAAUGCAACACAUUUCAAUGCUUAAUGUGGUGUAGGAAAUCUGCUGGCUUUCAAAAUGGCUACCACUUAUCUCGGAAUGAAUAAAUAAGUUAUUUCAGAAUAAAUAAAUACAGCUCGUGCGUGGGUUUUUAAAGUAAUCUUAUGCCAUUCUUUCUGCAAAUUAGUCGCAACUUCAGGUAGCGACGAUCUAGGUGGAUGGUGAUCGUGCACCCUUCUCUCCAAAGCAGACCACAAAGGCUCAGUAAUACUGGUGACUGCGGUGUUGAGGUGAGAUGUGAAAAUUAAUUUUCACGCUCACAAAACAGUCUUGGACAAUGGAAGCUGUGGGAGCAGGGACCCUGACAUCUUGUAACACGGCAUCACCACUGAGAAACAAACAUUAUACCAUGUGAUGCACAUGAUCAGACAAAAUGGUUACAUAGUCGUUGGCAGUAAUGUGACCUUGCACAGCAGCCGUGGAGCAGAUGAAAAAUCAGAACAAGACUGCCCAUAUCAUCUCCAAACCCAUGCCACAUUUUACUCUUGGGAUGUAAGCUUGGCCAGAAGUUGGAAACAGUAUAAAACAGUCUACUGACCAAAUUACUUUAUUCUGUUGCUCUGUAACCCUGGUUUUACGGCUUUGGUGCCAUGUUUUCCUGUUAGGGGCAUUUCCAUCAGUGGUGAGUGGUUUUGAAAUUCCAUCUCACUCUGCAAUUCCCUCUUUGAAGCUCCCUGUACGUUGUUUUUGUGCUGACAGGAUUCGCGAGUACAACAUUCAGUUUUACAGUGGCUUUUGCAACCACUUCCUCUUUUUCCAUUUUCCCUGUGUGCGGUACAAAUCUCCGGUACAGUGCUUCUCGUAACACCGAAUGCUUUGGUUACCUUGGUUACAGAAAAACACCCAUUUGAUCACCAAAAAUUUGCAUGUGUUCAAAUUUGUGUAGCUCUGACAUAAUACACACACAACUAUACAAAAUAGUGUUCUGGCCAUGACUGACACUUCCUACAUAUUGAGGAUAUUGCACAGGUGCCAUUGUAUUCAAAUACAACAGGGCAGCCUGUAGACUGGGCUAGCAUCUGCAUUUAUCUUCAAGUACGCUUUUCUCAUGCUGUUCCAUAUUUUUGUCCAACGCACUUACAUUCUCGUCAAUUUCUUUCUUAAACGGGGGCUUGGGGUUUUUGUAAGAAAUUCUGUCUCUGCAUGUGGUCUCCUGAUUCUUAUGCCCUCCUUGCUUCAUCUACCAUGCUUUAUUCUGUUCACAAUAUAGCAGUUUGUCUGCUAUGUUGUCCCAAUAGUCUCAUUAUUUCUGCUCCUCAGUACUUUCUAGAUGAAUAAACCACUUCGUUGGCAAAACUUGUUCUUCCACCACUCUUGUCCCUGAUCCUUCUUGUCCCCAAUUGUUUUCAUUCCAUGCCCAUGCCCAUAUUUUAGCUUUUUAACUCACAGAUUGUUUGUUGUUCAGAAUAAGUAUUCUGAAGCUAAUGUGUAUACUAUUUCACGCCACUGGUACAUGUACCUGGGAUCCCUAUAUCAUCCAUUAGUAUUUUCUUAAACUUUCUCAUUUCAUAUUUACCUUUUUUUUCACUAAGGUUUGGUGUUUGCAUUUAACUUGGAUCCUUUCAUAACUGGCUAGGUAAGUUAGUUGAAAGAUUAGAGGAAGGCAAGGUUACACCACUGCCAAUGGCACCAACUCUAUUAAAGCACUGUUUUGUUCAAACUAACCAUUAGGUUGAUUACAGAUUUAUCUUUCUUCACGUAUAGCAUAACAUCCAGUUUGCAAACCCUGAAAUUCACCGUGUUCUCCUGCUAGAGCCUCCAUAAUCUCAGCACCAAUAGUUGCUCUUUCAGCAGUUGCCUAUUGAGUCCUCCUUUCCAGUCCUUGAUCCUCUUUGUCAAGUUGCGAGUGUUAGGACAGAGGAAGUGCUAGUAAAUCAGCAACAAGUGAAAAUUAAAGGGUCAAAAUGUGUAUCAGAAAGCAGAGAGGCAUUAUUACUGAAGAUAGGCAACGUCAUCUGUAGUCACACCUGUCUAUUUUUUAUCAGCUUGUGUUUACUUCUUUUGAUAUCUCCAUGAUCUGUUUGAACUCUACUGUUUCAUGUGACUCACAGAUUGCUUUGUCAUAGAUUUACUGGUGGAUGUUUUUCAGAAAACUCUGCACGUCUCUUUGGUGGUACUAAGUAUUACACUUUGCUGAAAAAUUGCCAUUAACUUUUAAGUAUUAAUUUAUUUGUAUGAGGUUUAAAAGCAUUGUUAACUGUGAAAUCUCCUUCAGUGCUUGGUAUUGAACACUUGUGAAUUGCACAAAGGAGAAAACUGUUGAGUGUGACAAAAGCUGUAAUGCACAGUACAGCACAGUAGCAACGAAAUGUGUAAAUGUAACUCCAUGUGUGCUAAAUGUUGUAAUGAAGUUCAAAAUUUAUUUGUGUUUGUUUAUUAGUAAUUGUUAUAAAUAAUUUUAUAAGAAAAUCUAUUUUUAUAUUGUGCAUUACCCUGCCCAGAUUAGGUCCCUAAGACCCUCACCUAUUUGGGACCAGGAACAAAAUAUAUCAAAAAACAGUACAAAA